CACAUUCUUUCUCAGAUGUGACCUGAGCUCAUUGUAGUCCCGUAUUAGUAAUCUGUUUCUCGUGUAAUCCACGUUACAUGUAAUCUGUCAUCACUUCCUGUCCACCUCCUUCUCGCCCAUGUGGUCAUGAGGUCACUGUCCUGAGAUCAGCGGCUCCACAGCUCGACAGCGCCCCCCCGGAGGCUGCGGUCGGUCGGCGAACUGCAGCCUCGCACUGACUCGUGUGUGUGUUUCAGGUGAAGAUUCAGUCGCUCGCUGCUGUUUCACGAACCAUCACAGCUGCUGCGACCCAACGAGAAAUCUUCCAGAACCGGUACCACAGCAGGAUGUGUGUGUGUGUUUUAAUCCGCUGAUGAUCCGAUCGAUGAUCUCCUAACCGAGCUCACCCAGACAGACAGACAGACAGACAGACAGACAGACAGACAGCAGCUCCUGAACACAGCACCGACAUCUUGGUGGCUGUUUGGGCUGAAAACUCCCCCCAACAACACACAAACCCCAAAUCCUCCUCCUCACGGACCGGAUCAUCUUUAGAGGCUUUCUAGGAAACAAACAAACAAACAAACAAACAAACAGACAAACAACAAAACAGGAGGGCAGUGAUGGCAGAGCAUCUGUCCCAGAGUGAGCUCGACUACCCAUUCAGACUUCUGGAGUAUUUCAACGGCUUCAGGGUCUCAAAGGUGAUAUUUUCCGCCUGUGAGCUCGGCGUGUUCGACCUCCUGCUGAAGUCUCAGGAGCCUCUGAGCGCCCAACAUGUGGCGAGAGAGCUGGAAACCAGCGAGGACGGGAUGGAGCGGCUGCUGGACGCUCUGGUGGGCAUCGAGAUCCUGGAGGUGGAGAACACAAAGGGGACAGCUCUGUACAGCAGCUCUGAUGUGGCGAAUCUCUACCUGGCCAAAGGAAGCGCCAAGUCUCUCCACGACAUGAUCGUCUACCAAUCGCAGACCAUCUACCCGCUGUGGAACAACAUGGUGGACGCUGUCAGAGAGGGCAAGAACCAGAACCAGAAGACCUUUGGACUUCCACCGGAGGAGAUUUUUCAGGCUAUCUACAGAUCAGAGAACGAGAUGCUGAAGUUCAUGGGCCUGAUGAACUCCUCCUGGGUUCUGGACGGACACGACAUCGUGACGGCGUUCAACCUCUCCUCCUUUCACAAUAUAAUCGACCUCGGAGGAUGCACUGGUGCUCUGGCCCGUGAGAUGGCGAAGGCGUAUCCCUCCUCGUCCGUCACGGUGUUCGACCUCCCGCAGGUCGUAGAAACGGCUCAGAAACAUUUCUGUCAGGAGAACGAUGCUGUCGCCUUUCAGACGGGAGAUUUCUUCGCUGGUGAAAUCCCUCCUGCUGAUCUCUACGUUCUGGCCAGAAUCAUUCACGACUGGCCCGAAGAGAAGUGCCUGACGCUGCUGAAGAGGAUCUACGACACCUGCGGACCAGGCGGCGGCGUCCUGCUGGUGGAAGCGAUGCUGUUUGAGAACCGACGGGGUCCCGUCAUGGCUCAGAUCUUCUCCCUCAACAUGCUGGUGCAGGCGGAGGGCCGGGAGCGCCCGCCGUCCGAGUACACCCGCAUGCUCACCAAGACCGGCUUCAGCAACGUGCAGGUGUGUCGGACCGGCAAGUCGUACGACGCCAUCCUCGCCGUCAGAUGAGCUCAGACGGGAUCUGGGACACUUGAGCUUUUCAAGGCCUUGAGAGGUCGACUUCAACACGUCCGUUCUGAAACAACGGUGAAUCUCAGUUUGUGAUUUUGUUUUUCAAAGCUCGCACUGACACAAACCUUCUGGAUCGAAGUUGCUGCUAGAUAAUAUUUGGAUAAAUUCUCUUCAAGUAAAAACACGUUCUGUGUCUUAUCGGAUACAAAAUGUUACAUCAGACUCAAAUUUAGAAAAGGAAUUUUUUGACAAUUUUAAAUCUUUCUUUCGAUCUUCUCGUCAUUGGCGAGUGUUUCCCAAAAUGUGCUGUCAGUUUUUUUUAUAUUUUAUAAAGGCACUGAUACAUUUUUUUAACUUUGUUGCCUGUUUUUCUUUUUAAAUUAACAUCUCAAAAGUAUAAAGAUAUGAUAAAGAUAAGCUCAUCACAGCCACAUAAACCAACUCCUGGCAUCAUGUUAGAUUAUAAUCACAGUUUUUCUGGAGUAUCGCAGACGUGUUCUCUAAAAAAUGUAAAACAAUUAACAAACCUUUUAUGAACAUUCAGGUCAAUUUGGGACAAAUAUCACAUCAUAAUAGUCUGUAAAUAAUUCAGUUUUUACAAGAAGUGUUAUAUAUAUAAGUGUUAUAAUCCUCGACUGGUUGUUGUUGAUUUCUAUAUCUUGUUUUCAUUCAAUACCAACAGUUUCUUAUAUAUAUUUUUAUGUAAAGAAAAUAAAAAAGCCCCAUAAACAUGAAGUUAAACAUUUGCAUUUAAUCUUGUUAAAUCCGUCAACAGGGAGAGAACUGUGAUCAAAACUGUCUAUGCAAAAAUGUUAUUUUAUGAUAUAAAACCUUUUUUUAAGUCAGUAACAUUGAAAGUAACAACAUCUCUAAUGUCAGUUACCAUUAAUUCAUACCAGAAAUCAGCCAAUCUUGUGAUCCAUAAAUCAUUUUUCUCAGUCUUAAAUAGAAAAAUCAGUGUUCAGUUCAAGUUGUGUCGAUUUAUUUUCACUCUCAUGUGGUUUCUACUUUACAAACAAACUGUUUAGUCCAGUGAUAAAAGUACAGUUUCCUGAAAAACACUGAAUUCUGAGAUGUGUGUCGUGACGUUGACGUGCGAUCGUGUUCCCGACCUUUUCUCUUCACUGUGAUGCGUUCAGGUUCCCUCUCUGACUGUCAGACUGCAUGUAGAUCAGACUCUGUGCAACAAUCUUCACUUCACCUCCGUCAUUCCUCCUCCUCCACUGCUGCUGCUGUUCAAAUGUUCUCAUUCUCUCAUUUUGUGUGACCUGAUAAGAAGAAUCACUGUAGUGCUGUUUACAAACCUUUUCUUACUGAUGUUUGUUUGUUGCAUCACAUGUUUACAACUGAAAAUAAUCUUCAUCUUCUCAGCCGUCACACGUUGAAACUGGAGAUUUUUGUGUGAUUGUUGUGACUCUGUAACCUCGACUUUCUCCUGAUCGUUCCACAUGUUGCAGCAUGAAUCAUUCACAUUAAAUCAAACUCGUGCAGCUCG